AUGGCCGGUGCGGAAGUGAGUGCAACCGUGCUGCGCUGGAUUACGGCCCUGAACUGGAGUGCGGAGGUUGGUGCCGAUCUGUUGACAGGUGGGAUGGCCACGAGUCGCGAACAGAGCGGUAUGACGAUGAUAGGCUACUGGGAGCGAUCGCUUAAGAAUCUUUCGACGGAGCAACGAACUGUCUUUACCGUGUUUUCGAUCAUGGUGAUGGUAAUGGCCAUAUUCGGCAACAUCGUCACCAUCAUCACGAACGUGCGGCGUGAACAGCGGCAUCUGCUGCGCGUCUGCAUGCUGUCGCUCGCCUUUUCCGACAUUGCUUUCGUGACCGUCACCUCGAUCGUGUAUCUUUCGCAGUUUAACACCGACUUCAACUCACUAUGGACGCUCGGUGAGCUGAUGUGCACAUUUUCCCCAUUCGUGCAGACAAUGGCGGUGCUGGUGAACAGCAUCACGCUGGUAGCGAUCGCACUCGAUCGGUACAUGGCCGUGCGCAGCCUGGUGAAGGGCGUCUGGGAACCGAACGGAUGGUUCUGUAUCACGUGUGGCGUUCUGAUCUGGGGCCUUGCGGCUGGAAUUUCCAGCCCAAUGCUCACCCUGUACGAGAUGUUCGACAUCGUGGUACUGACGACGGAUGCUCAACAAUCGCACGAGAUCAUCAACGGCUACUAUAUGGCGACCAUCUGCGCUACGGAUAAGAGCAAGAACAGCUACUACUUUGUGAUCGUAUUCGUGGUAAUCUUUCUUCCACUGCUCGGAGCUUUCUGUUGGUUGAACGGGGUGAUUGCGAGAGCGUUCUGGGUACGCAGAAACCCCAUCGGUGGAGCUCCGAAAGGAGCUCCGAAAAAGUGUUCUUCCAGCACGUCCUGCGAGAGUAGUAACGACAAGAAGACACUUACGACCAAUGUAACCGCAUCACAUCCGGUUGUCGACCGACGUACACCGGCAUCGGUGUUCACUUCCAACUGCACCUGUCCACACCACAACACAACGGCUAUCGUUGGAGAGCAAACGACGCAGAGUGAUAGCCCGGGGUCACCUUCAGCCCAGCGCCCUACCCAAGGCCAUCAAACUGAAGCCAUUUCGAACCGUCGCCGUCGGCAGAUACACAUGUUCAAAGCAAUCGUCGUGCUGAUGCUGGUGUUUUUCGUGUGUCGCCUUCCCAUGUGGGUGUUCCUGCUGGUCAAGAUGAUGGGCGAUGCCAACACGAGUGCCUACUGGAAUCUGCACUACUCCUUCGGUAUCCUCGCGAUGGUAAACGCGGUACUCAAUCCGCUCAUGUACACAUUCCUCACCGAAACGAUCCGCUUCACGCUGUUCGUGAAAGCACAUUGCGUGCGUGCUUGCGUGCAACCGUGCAAGAAUGUGGCGCAGCGUGGGCGGACUGGUGGAGGAGACUACGAUUUUCGGAAAAACCGUGACACGAAGGAACGGGAUAGCAAUGGUAGUGAGCAUGAGGCCCGUCAUGCAGGAAUCUAUAUGGGGGACUGA